CUUUAAUUCAACUUAUGUUAAGAUGAAUUGAUUCUUGAUUAUUUGAUCGACUGAUUGAUUAAUUAAUUGGUUGGUUAAUUGAUUGAUCGAUUGAUACAUUGAUUGAUUGAUUUGCAGGGAUGGUCCGCUGGUGGCUGAUACACAUGUUCAAUGUCGACGUCAGACAUUUUGGUGACGUUGGAUGCAGGAUACAUUGGUAUUUCAUAUUUGCGUCCACCGAGCUGUCGUCAUGGUUACUCGUGGCGGUAACGUGCGAGCGUAUCACUAGCACAAUAUGGCCACACAAGGUGCGCGUGAUCUGCACACAUCGGUCCGCGCUGAGCGUCAUCCUAUGUCUCUUCAUAGUUAUCUACGGCGGCAGCUCCCACUUGCUCUUCGGAAUGAGACUCAAAGUCGUCGCGUACGAAGAGGGGGGAAAACAAAACGUCGCUAGCAUAGCGACGUCUCCGCUGACGCCGGUAAGACAAGAUAGCCAGGAGCUGACUUCCCAGUCGGAGUUUUCCGGUUUAAUUAAACGUUCUGCCAUGGACCAAGAAAUGUCGUCUGCAUCAAUAGUUGGUGACGCUUAUUUUAAGUCUGCUACGUUUUCUGAUCGGUCGCACCAGACUACGUUUGGCGAUGACGUGCCGUCUUCUACAAAGAAUAAUAUGUGCAAGCAGACGUCACCAGUUCACAUUUCGCUAGUGCCAUCUUCUACUGAAUUGAGUUCUGGCCCCUCAGAUAUUGAGAGUGCAUUAUCAGUAACAACAGUCGCGUUCAGUGAAACGUCCGAAACAUUCACAGAGACGUAUGAAACGACGUCAUUUGCCUGGAAUACUAUGAUAACACAAGACACAUCUCGGACACCAUCAAUAUCGGAAAAGUCAACCACGUCAUCACUGACUUCCGCGAUGACUCAGCCGGUAACCAAUGUCACAGAGCGAUAUCCCACGUCACACAUAACCGUGUCGACGUCAAACUUUCCCCGACUGCGGACGGAAGACGCAGAGAGUGUGGAAGAUAGGCUGCUGUGCUUCGCUCUAAGUGACGUCGGCUACUCUGACUUUUUCAACUUUGUGUACCCAUGGAUGGACCUGCUCCUUUAUUUCCUCGUGCCGGCGGUGAUCCUCUGCAUAGGCGAGAUAAUUAUCGUCAGGAAACUCAUUGCAAGCAACCGCCUUCGCCGCCGGAUGUUUGUUACGGACGGCGCCAUGACCCCUCAGAGGAUACCAAAUAGGCGAGCUUCCGUCACCAUCAUGCUGAUGACGGUGAACGCAGUGUUUAUCCUGUGUACAACGCCAAUAUCGGUAUUUCUCAUCGGAAUGCCGUACUGGGUCGACCCAGAACUUGGGUUCUCAAAAACUCAAGAGAUUCUCUGGGCCGUUGUGAACCUACUUAUGUAUUUGAAUCACUCCAUUAAUUUCGUGCUGUAUUUUCUAAGUGGUUCACGGUUUCGGUCGCAUGUCUACCAGUUGUUCCGGCGCAACGCGGUCCACAGCGUCCACAUUGACCGCCUCUCGUUCAGCCAAAAGGACACCGCGAGCGAGGAAGCCUCCAUCCAGCGGCAGCUGACUCUCCGGUCGAUGGUCGCGGCGGCGGACAAGGCACGAAAGAUUUCGGAUCGGUCGGUCCGGGGUUCGUACACACGCCGUCACACGUCCGAGGGUCGGGAUACCAUACCAUUUCCAGGAAAAGCCGCCAAACUGAUGCACACGGACCAUGUUCCAAAAGAAUUAACUGGAAACGACAUUAAUAACAAAAAGGAAUGCUUGCACCAGGUCCGUGUAUCGAAUGAAUCGGUGGUUGUGGGUAAACACACGAGUGUAACUUUAAAUGACGAGGUUUUGCAUGAUACGAUUUACACUGAAACUCCGUUUAGUUUUAUUAAAGAAACAAACUCGCGAUUUGGUGGACAUUUGGUUGAGGGUUUUGGGGGCAUAGACAUCAACGAUAUUGAUAUCUUUACGCACAUUUGACGUUGAACGUUGAAUAUACUUUUUGAAUAUUUAGACUAGUGAUAUUAUUUUAAUAGCUUGUUUGAUGGUUUUUGUAUCGUUCAUGUAUAAUUCAUGUUGCAUAGUUUUUGUUCUGUUUGGCGUUUUGUAUGUUAUAUAUGUAUAUAAUAUAUAUCUUAAUUUCUA